AGCUGAAGUUUCGAUUAAAGCCAGUAAGAUACUUAUAAUUACAAUUUCAUUAAAAAAUACAUUCGAUCUCUCAAUUUAAUAACCUUCCCUCCUCAAAGGCGAGGCCCGGCGCCAGCUCCCCCGAAUCUCCUAGUCGGGGAUGACGUUAGCUCAUUCUCGCCGAUUCUCCACGGCGCUCAACCCCAUUAACAUUAGCUUACUUUCGAAUCAACUAAUUCAGCUCGGACGCAUCAACAACAACCCCGACACCUUUUCAGAGACCACUCAUCAUCACAACAAACAACUCCAAAUAUCAUCCCUCACAUCGAAGCUCGACGACUGCACGUGCCUCAGUCAAAUCAAACAAGUCCACGCUCACGUCAUCCGACAAGGACACGACCAGAGCUGCUACGUCAUCACCAAGCUGAUCCGCACGCUCACCAAACUCGGCGUCCCCAUGGAUCCCUACCCUCGCCGCGCCAUGGAGCUCGUUCGGUUCCGUAACCCGUUCCUGUGGACAGCAGCGAUCCGCGGCUACGCGGUUCAAGGGAACCUCUCGGAAGCGGUUUCGAUGUACGGACGCAUGAGGUUAGAAGGGAUCACUCCUGUUUCCUUCACUUUCUCCGCUCUUCUGAAAGCUUGCGGUUCGGUCGGGGAUUUUAGUUUGGGUCGGCAGUUUCACGCGCAGACGUUUCGCCUCAGUGGGUUCUGUUCGGUGUACGUUGGCAACACGAUGAUCGAUUUUUACGUGAAAUGCGGGUAUACGGAAUGUGCGCGUAAGGUGUUCGAUGAAAUGCCUGAACGGGACGUGAUAUCGUGGACCGAGCUUAUAGCGGCGUACGCGAGAGCUGGGGUUAUGGAAUCCGCAGCGGAGCUCUUUGAAAGGUUGCCGAAGAAGGAUAUGGUGGCGUGGACAGCGAUGGUUACAGGGUUUGUGCAGAACGCUAAACCUCAGGAAGCUUUGGAGUAUUUCAACAGAAUGGAGAAAUCUGGGAUUCAACCUGAUGAAGUCACUGUCGCUGGGUUUAUAUCGGCUUGUGCGCAGCUUGGAGCGAGCAAGCACGCGGACCGGGCCGUCGAAAUCGCUUUAAAAGCUGGCUAUUCUCCUAGCGAUCACGUUGUUAUCGGCUCUGCGUUGAUAGAUAUGUACUCAAAAUGCGGAAACGUGGAGGAGGCGGUGAAGGUGUUUGAGUCGAUGAACAACAAGAAUGUUUUCUCUUAUAGCUCUAUGAUCCUUGGUCUCGCUAUGCACGGGCGUGCACGAGAGGCUUUGGAUCUGUUCCAUUACAUGGUAACGCGGACGGGGAUAAAACCGAACACGGUUACUUUCGUAGGUGUUCUCACGGCUUGUAGCCACGCGGGACUUGUGGACCAAGGGCGUCAGAUAUUCGCUUCUAUGCAUGAGACAUUCGGCGUUGAACCGACGCGUGACCUCUACACCUGUAUGGUCGAUCUUCUAGGCCGUGCAGGAAGGUUGCAAGAAGCUCUUGAAGUGAUUGAGACGAUGUCUGUUGAGCCACACGGAGGUGUGUGGGGUGCGUUGCUCGGUGCCUGCAGGAUCCACAAGGAUCCUGACGUUGCGGAGAUUGCUGCAAGACAUUUGUUUGAAAUUGAACCGGAUGUGAUCGGUAACUAUAUUUUGCUCUGUAACGUCUACGCUUCAGCUGGAGACUGGGACGGUGUUAUAAGCGUCCGGAAACUGAUUAAAGAAAAGGGUUUGAAGAAGACACCAGCGGUUAGUUGGGUUGUGGAUGACAAAGGUCAGACGCACAAGUUUUUCCCGGGGAACAUGAACCAUCCGAUGUCGGAUAAGAUUCAAGAGACGUUGGAAGAGCUUGUGCAGAGAUUAACUGUGUUAGGCUAUCAGCCGGAUUUAAGCACUGUACCUUACAAUGCGAGUGAUGAUGAGAAGAGGUCGAUACUGAUUAGACACACCGAGAAGCUGGCUUUAGCGUUCUCCUUGCUCACUACGAGCAGAGGUUGUACGAUAAAGAUAAUGAAGAAUCUGAGGAUGUGUCAAGACUGUCAUACGUUCAUGCGUUUGGCGUCGGAGGUUACGGGGAGGGUGAUUAUAAUGAGGGAUAAUAUGAGAUUCCACCAUUUUAGGAGUGGAGAUUGUUCCUGUGGUGAUUUUUGGUGAGAAUCUGAGGUUAUUCGGACCAAAAUCGACCUCUUGAGUUCUGCAAAAUGGAUCUUACUUUAUUGAUUUUAUUUAGAAUCUCUGUAAGGGAA